GUUUUUGAGAUGUGUGUGGAACUUUCAUAAAUUGGUAGAUCUAGAUUCUAUUUCUAACUGAGAAAGGAGAGCGUCUUUUAAAAAAUGACAAGCUUUCUGCUGUUUCUGUUGAAAGUCUUUGUAUCUUUGAACUGUUGUAUACAGAAAUCUAAAGCUAUCAGCUCGUCUUUAGGAACCAAGUUUUACUUCGUUGUACCGAAUGACGUAGAAACUAAAGUAGAGAGCCAGGAAGUUUUAGUAUAUUUAUUUACACUGUCCACAAAAGAUGUUGAAAUUGAUCUGACCAGUCCUUGGUUUGAUGGGGAACAGUUGAAUAUACAUCAAGUUUUACGAAGGCUUCAAGUUCAUUCGAUACAGAUACCUACUACACAUAUAUCAACUCAACAAAUAGGGACACAGUACACCUACAAAAUUGUUGGUGCAAGGAAAUUUGGCGUCAUCGUUUUCGAGGUCGCUAUGAAAACGUCAGCCGAUUCUUUCACGCUGGUGCCAGUCGAAGGCUGGGGAAAAAAAUAUGUUGCAUGGGCGCUAAAGUACAAAAACAGUAGUUUAUUUACAACUGCUUAA